UGAACACAGACUUGUGUAUGCUCGUUAUUGACUUGGAGUUUGGACCGUUUUGUGAUCUAUUGUCCUGAUUUUCAUUAUGGGGAAAGAAAAGAUCCACAUUAACAUCGUGGUCAUUGGACACGUCGACUCUGGCAAGUCUACGACCACAGGUCAUCUGAUAUACAAAUGUGGUGGGAUCGAUAAAAGGACAAUCGAGAAAUUUGAAAAGGAAGCGGCCGAGAUGGGUAAGGGGUCGUUUAAAUAUGCAUGGGUCCUGGACAAACUGAAGGCGGAACGAGAGCGUGGUAUUACCAUAGACAUAUCUCUGUGGAAGUUUGAGACUACAAAGUAUUACAUUACAAUUAUAGAUGCCCCUGGACACCGAGACUUUAUCAAAAAUAUGAUUACUGGUACUUCUCAGGCUGACUGUGCAGUAUUAAUUGUUGCUGCUGGUGUUGGAGAGUUUGAAGCUGGCAUUUCAAAGAAUGGACAGACUCGUGAACAUGCACUGCUUGCAUACACCCUGGGAGUAAAGCAGCUAAUAGUUGGCGUUAACAAAAUGGAUUCUACAGAGCCACCCUACAGCCAGAAACGUUUUGAUGAGAUUACAAAGGAAGUUGGUGCUUACAUAAAGAAGAUUGGUUAUAACCCUGUCACUGUGGCCUUUGUGCCAAUUUCUGGUUGGCAUGGGGAUAACAUGCUGGAACCCAGUACAAAGAUGACUUGGUUCAAAGGCUGGAAGAUUGAAAGGAAGGAGGGUGGUGCUAAUGGUACAACUUUGCUUGAAGCUCUAGAUUCAAUUUUGCCCCCUACUCGUCCCACAGACAAGCCACUUAGACUGCCCCUUCAAGAUGUUUACAAAAUUGGAGGUAUUGGUACAGUCCCAGUGGGUCGAGUGGAAACAGGAGUGCUGAAGCCUGGCAUGGUUGUGACUUUUGCACCGGUUAACCUUUCUACAGAAGUAAAGUCAGUAGAAAUGCACCAUGAAGCCUUACAGGAAGCACUGCCAGGUGACAAUGUUGGCUUCAAUGUUAAGAAUGUAUCUGUGAAAGAGAUCAGACGUGGCAAUGUUGCAGGAGACAGCAAAAAUGAUCCUCCACUGGAAGCUGGCAACUUUACUUCACAGGUUAUAAUCUUGAACCAUCCUGGCCAAAUUGGUCCUGGAUACUCACCUGUGCUGGAUUGCCAUACUGCUCAUAUUGCCUGUAAGUUUGCGGAGCUGAAAGAAAAGAUUGACAGACGUUCUGGCAAGAAAUUGGAAGAUAAUCCUAAAUUUCUAAAGUCUGGGGAUGCUGCUAUUGUGACUAUGAUACCAGGCAAGCCUAUGUGUGUUGAAAGCUUCUCUGCCUAUCCACCACUGGGUCGUUUUGCUGUUCGUGAUAUGAGGCAAACGGUUGCUGUUGGUGUGAUCAAGGCAGUUGAUAAAAAGACUGGAGGAGCAGCCAAGGUAACAAAGUCUGCAGCAAAAGCUGCUGCAAAGAAAUGAACUGGUCUUUGGAGGACUGUUUGCUCAAGAGCAGAAGUCCUGAAUCCUGUGGUAAAAGACUGGUUAAUAUUGAUAAAGAUGCAUCCAAAGAAUUUUCGGAGGAAAAGAGUAGACUUUGAUCUGUGAAAUAUCAGUUGUCUCCUGAGCUUGGGAGGUUUGUUCAGUGUUGGACUUUCAGUUGGGGUGUUUAAAAUCCUGUUUCUGUAAUAAAGCAUGUAUGUAUUACUGUAAUAAAGCAUGAAAAU